AUGUCGAACCAGACCAUCCUGAGGAUAUCAAGAGAGAUCACUCAGAUCCAACAAGGCAGUGACCUCUCCAUCGCAGUCGCUUGCCAGGAACAAGACGUCCGUCGAGUGAAAGCCCUUAUUAUCGGCCCGCACGGCACACCGUACGAGUAUGGCUUCUUUGAGUUCUCCAUCACCUUUGGGUCAGAAUACCCAAGCAAGCCGCCAAAAGUCGAGGCGAAAACCACAAAUGGAGGCAGGACACGAUUCAACCCAAACAUUUACGCAGGAGGGAAAGUCUGCCUAUCAAUCUUAGGGACGUGGCAUGGAGAGAGGCCUGGCGAAGAGUGGUCGUCCGCGCAGGGACUGGAGUCAAUAUUAUGGUCCAUACAAAGUCUGAUGUCGAACAAUCCCUACGAAAAUGAGCCUGGCUACGAGAACGCCAAGGGGACCGAAGAUAACAAGAUGAACGACCUCUAUUGUGCAAAGAUCCGACAUGAGACCCUCCGCGUUGCUGUCAUCCAAAAACUCGAGGACGCCCUGGGUAUUCAGGCAGAUGGUUCGGUGGCCACCGACAAAUCUCCGCGAUGGGCCACUGGGGAGGGUGCAGACGGAUGCGGAGACAAUAAAGAGACACCUGCACUGAAGCUCAGGUUCGAACCAUUCAAAGACCUGUUCAAGCGGAGAUUUCUUUGGUACUAUGAGCACUACAUGACGACCGUCUCUGUCAACAGCCCAAAGCAGAAAGACGGCUCAGACUUUACCAAGAUGCCCUUCGAAGGUGGUGGUAAUACCAUGGAUGGUAAGUUUCGAUACUCCGACCUUGGUAAGCGACUCGUUCGCAUCAAGGAAGUACUACGCGAUGAGACCGCAGCCUGGGCCGCUGAAGGCUUAGCCAUGAGUCAACGCGAGGCGUCGAAGGCGGCCCAUGUCCGGCGACAGUGCGAGCAACUGGGCGAGUAUUUGAAGCAGAAGAAGUGCCACAACAUCUCGGUUGAGUUGGAGAACAACAAUCCUUAUGUCUGGUUGAUGACAUACUUUGGUAAACCCAUGACUCACCUUGACGGCGGGAUCUUCAAGAUCAGACUGAGCAUCAGUCCUCGCUUCCCUGAUGAACAGCCCCGUGUCAAGGUCGAAACACCCAUCUAUCAUCACCGAGUUUCUAACGAUGGCGUAUUAUGCUAUUUUCCCAAGCGCCCCGAUGAGCUGCGAAAUCACAUCGAGGCCAUCGCUGAAGCGCUGGAAGAAGAGUCACCUCCCUACGACCCGCGAACCAUUGUCCAUCCCGAGGCCACAAAGCUGCUCUGGGGCUCGGAAGCGGACAAGAAGAGGUAUUAUCGCCAGCUCCGGAGGUCAGCUCAGCGAACGACCGAAGACCCGUUGUAG